UGCUUCCAGGGUGUCCAAGAGCCCAACAGCAUCCAGCAGCACAGAGGUGGCAUCAUUUAUAGGUGGAUACAGACUGAUUGCUGGUUGAAGAGUUAUGCAAUGUGCAGGAUGAUGACUCCAGCUGUGGUCUUUGUCUUGUUGGCUGUUUUAGGACAGACAAGUGGCCAGUGUGCUUCUAAUAUUGCUCGAGGUGGACAAGUGACUCAGUCCUCCGUGUUGGAUGGUGGGGUCCCUGAAAGGGCCAUUGAUGGAAAUCAGGCAAGCGUCUGGAAAAAAGGGUCCUGCACCCAAACAAACUGCCAGACAAAUCCAUGGUGGAGACUGGACCUCCUGAGAACAUAUAAGAUUAACACUGUCACCAUCACCAACAGAAAAGAUUGUUGUCACAAUAGGCUUAAUGGUGCUGAGAUCCAAAUCGGAAACUCCCUCAAUGACAAUGGCAAUGCUAAUCCCAGGUGUGCUGUUAUCCAUUCUAUCCCAGCUGGGACCUCCAAAACUUUUGUGUGUAAUGGAAUGGAGGGCCAGUAUGUGAACAUUGUGAUUCCUGGAAAAUAUAAGUAUCUGACACUGUGUGAGGUGGAAGUCACUGGUCAGCUUGCAGCUUCUAAUAUUGCUCAAUUUGGACAAGUGACUCAGUCCUCCGUGUGGAGUGGUGGGGUCGCUGAAAGGGCCAUUGAUGGAAAUCGGGCAAGCGUCUGGAAAAAAGGGUCCUGCACCCAAACAAACUGCCAGACAAAUCCAUGGUGGAGACUGGACCUCCUGAGAACAUAUAAGAUUAACACUGUCACCAUCACCAACAGAGGAGAUUGUUGCCACAAUAGGCUCAAUGGUGCUGAGAUCCACAUUGGAAACUCCCUCAGUGACAAUGGCAAUGCUAAUCCCAGGUGUGCUGUUAUCCAUUCUAUCCCAGCUGGGAUCUCCAAAACUUUUGUGUGUAAUGGAAUGGAGGGCCAGUAUGUGAACAUUGUGAUUCCUGGAAGAAGAAAGUAUCUGACACUGUGUGAGGUGGAAGUCACUGGUCAGCUUCCAGCUUCUAAUAUUGCUCAAUUUGGACGAGUGACUCAGUCCUCCGUGUUGAGUGGUGGGGUCCCUGAAAGGGCCAUUGAUGGAAAUCGGGCAAGCUUCUGGAAUCAAGGGUCCUGUACCUACACAACCUGUCAAAGAAAACCAUGGUGGAGACUGGACCUCCUGAGAACAUAUAAGAUUAACACUGUCACCAUCACCAACAGAAAAGAUUGUUGUCACAAUAGGCUCAAUGGUGCUGAGAUCCGCAUUGGAAACUCCCUCAUUGACAAUGGCAAUGCUAAUCCCAGGUGUGCUGUUAUCCAGUCUAUCCCAGCUGGGGCCUCCACAACUUUUGUGUGUAAUGGAAUGCAGGGCCAGUAUGUAAACAUCGUGAUUCCUGGAAGAACACAAUACCUGACACUGUGUGAGGUGGAAGUCACUGGUCAGCUUGCAGGUUCUAAUAUUGCUCAAUUAGGAAGAGUGACUCAGUCCUCCGUGCUGGAUGGUGGGGUCCCUGAAAGGGCCAUUGAUGGAAGUCGGGCAAGCAUCUGGAAUCAAGGGUCCUGUACCCGCACACUCUAUCGAAGAAAGCCAUGGUGGAGACUGGACCUCCUGAGGACAUAUAAGAUUAACACUGUCACCAUCACCAACAGAGGAGAUUGUUGCCACAAUAGGCUCAAUGGUGCUGAGAUCCACAUUGGAAACUCCCUCAGUGACAAUGGCAAUGCUAAUCCCAGGUGUGCUGUUAUCCAUUCUAUCCCAGCUGGGACCUCCAAAACUUUUGUGUGUAAUGACAUGGAGGGUCAGUAUGUGAACAUUGUGAUUCCUGGAAGAAAGGAAUAUCUGUCACUGUGUGAGGUGGAAGUCACUGGUCAGCUUCCAGUUUCUAAUAUUGCUCAGUUUGGACGAGUGACUCAGUCCUCCGUGUUGAGUGGUGGGGUCGCUGAAAGGGCCAUUGAUGGAAGUCGGGCAAGCUACUGGAAUCAAGGGUCCUGUACCUACACAAACUGUCAAAGAAAACCAUGGUGGAGACUGGACCUCCUGAGGACAUAUAAGAUUAACACUGUCACCAUCACCAACAGAAAAGAUUGUUGUUACAAUAGGCUCAAUGGUGCUGAGAUCCACAUUGGAAACUCCCUCAAUGACAAUGGCAAUGCUAAUCCCAGGUGUGCUGUUAUCCAUUCUAUCCCAGCUGGGGCCUCACAAACUUUUGUGUGUAAUGGAAUGGAGGGCCAGUAUGUGAACAUUGUGAUUCCUGGAAGAACACAAUACCUGACACUGUGUGAGGUGGAAGUCACCAGGACAGAAUGAGAUGAUUGCAAUGAAUAUGUCUGCACCUGAG